AUGAGAAGAUUCCUCUCCAGAGCAAAUAAAGCUGAUGAUGAUGCGGACUUGAGUCAAGAUAUGCAGAAUCUGAGGGGUCAGGGUCAAGAUGACGCCAAAUCUAGAACAUCAUCCUCAUUACGGCCCACCAAAAGUAAUAUAUCACAUGAGUCGUACGACUCGGUGCGAGAACUAAGACCGAUGUUCGGUGGGGUAACCAACCAACAGCCACUGCUGGUACUACCUCUGCUGCUGCUGCUGCUGCUGCUGCUGCACAACCCAUCUGAAACAGGCUUUUUCGAUACUGGGUUGAAUCUCAAUCCACUGAUCAUGAGCCCAAAUGACACGACAACUAUAGGACCAUCCAGCAGCAAGCACUCGACAACACAAGGAGGAGGAGGCAGCUCGCUUUUCUCCAGCAAGCAAUCUUUUUCAACAAAACAAUCGUCUUAUCAGAGCACCAACACCGCAAAACGGCCUUUCCAGUACAACUAUAGCCAGCCCUUGCAGGUUCUCGAUUUGGAAAACAGCGAUAAUCGAGAUGAGAGGAGUUAUCAUGACCGUGUUUGUGAUGCUCUCAAGAAGUUGAGUCAGGAUCUAGCGUACAUUUUGAUGCAAUACAAUAGCUCGAGUGUUAAUAUAUCUACAACGGUGGUGAGUUGUAUUGAUUGUUUCAAAGAGUUCAACAGCAGCAUUAGAGAAAAACAGGAUUCACAUAUCAGCACUUGUAAUAAUUUGAAUUUGAGAAAGAUAGUCAAGUACUAUCUCCAUUUUUAUGACAAUUUACUAAAGAAUGAUGUUUAUAUCAAGUUGAGGCUACUAUUGGUGAAACAUUUCAAUGAUUUUGCCUCAAUGUUCAGUGAUAAUGCCAGCGAUAAUAAUGUUAUUGUCAAACCACAGAAUUUUGCAAUAGGGGCAGACGGUGUUGGACAUUUUCCCAAUCAAGAUUCUAUUGCCCGUAUAAUGGACAGAAUUGCACGAACAAACACUUCCGUUCUGGAACAAAAUGGCUCAUUUAUAGCGCCAAUAAUGAGGGGAGUAUCCUUGCGCUUGAGUAUAUUGUGUCUCUACUUCGGUUAUCCUGAUCCACAAGACAUGCACUACAAACUAACUCAGAGUAUCCAUGACGUAUAUGAGGAUAUACACGUUGUUGUAGUGAGAAAUCAAAUAGAGCCUGCUUCCGCUAAAGUUCAAAAUACGCCACCAGCUAGAUCAAUCUCAACAGGACACAAGCCGCUACUGCUGAGUCCUAUCCACAAAUUCAAAUUACCAUUUAGAGUACCUACAGACCCAUUGGAACCUCCCAUAUCCAUUUCAAUAUCGACCGAGAGCUCCAACCGAGUCUCUGGAACCAUGGGUGGCUACGUGUAUCCAAAAAUAGAUCUCACAAAGCAACCGCAACUCAAGAGCUAUGCAUCCAGUAAGUUUGCAAUAUCGUGUGGUCACGUAUGCUUGGACCCCCAGGACUCGUCUCAUUAUUGCAACAUUGCUUCACCAUCAGCGGCAUUGAUAUCUUUGUAUAAGCUGGCUUUAACUGCGCAAUAUCAGAGACAAGCUGGUCAGAGUAGCGACAGUCAUGUUGCUUAUGGGGCAAUAUUGAAUGAGUUGGAGGAAAUGUUUCCUUUGAAGAAGGUCAAGGUGCAAGAAAACCAUUCUGCAGAACAUUACGAAAUGCGCAAUUUACCACAGGUCAGGUUCGGACAAAUUAUAUGGGGUGAACGUACUUUGAUUAACUUGUCGGAAACUCCCAAUGAGAUCAGUGGACUCGUUGAGCGCAAACUUUCAGAUUUGGCCAUUAUCAAAGUCAAUAAGCAUUUGAAGUGCUCUUAUAAUUACUUGGGAGACGAUGUACAAUUCAACGAGUACGAUCCUGCACUCAUAUUGGAUAAUUUAUAUGUCCGCAAAGUACUAAAUUUUAAGCGAUUCAAGCCAAGAACAAUCAAGGAAAACAUCGACGAGGUUGAUUCCGACCUAUCAUCCACGUCGUCUCAAGAGGAGCUGAGCAACUAUAAUGGCAUACCUGUGUUCAAAUACGGGUCGACAACAAAGUACACUCGCGGUAAUUUGAAUGGAAUUAAAUUGGUUUAUUGGCUCGAUGGAGCAAUGCACUCGUCGGAAUUUAUAGUCAACUCAAUAGAGCACAACUCGGCAUUUGCUAGUGGAGGUGAUAGUGGAAGUUGGGUGCUUGCAAAACUACAAGAUUUGGAUUCGAAUGCGAGCGGUUUGGGUGUUUUGGGAAUGUUGCAUUCGUACGAUGGUGAGUUUAAGCAGUUUGGCUUGUUUACUCCAAUGUGUGAAAUCUUGAACCGGUUGGAAGAAGUUACUAAUAUUAAGUGGGGUGUUGUUGGUUGUGAAGAGGUGGAAGAGGAUAAGAAAAAGAGCGGAGGUGCGAUGGAUCAUCGAGUUGAGAAGAAAUUGAUGGCUGAAAGUGAGGUUGAUUAA